AUGAUACAUAUCCAGCUAAUGAUAAUAUUAACAUCUACAGCUUUUCAAAGUUCUGCGAUUGGCGAAAAGGCAUUCAGAGCUUGCAGAUACUACGGGCAGCUGAUGCUGGAAUGUCACAAUGUAUUGUUCCCGAGAUCAAGAGUUCGUGUCCCAGUGGAUGUUCUGUUAUAUCCUCAUAUGGCUCUAAUAGGUUUUCGAAACAGUGAUCAAGAUACACCAGUCUGGAAAUGUGGUGGGAGUUUGAUCAGUCACUCGUGGGUGUUGACCGCAGCCCACUGCAUUGAAGACAGAGAAUUUGGUAAAGCUCAGAUCAUAAGGAUUGGAAUAGCGACCUUCGAAUUUGACGAGUUAGAUGAACUGAUUCAAGAAAGACCUGUUGCGCAAAUUGUUUCACAUCCGGGUUAUAAACCGCCAUCGAAAUAUCAUGACAUAGCCCUAAUGAAAGUGGAACCUCUAUUUAUCAUAAAUCGAGACGUAAGAAUUGCUUGCCUACAUUUGGGGGAGAAUAUCAGUCAUUUGAAUAUGACAGUAACUGGUUUUGGGAAGACUUCAUCCAGUGCGUUCCAGGGGAGUAAGACUAUGAUGACGGUGAAUGUGGAUCCAAUUGACAGGGUGACUUGUAAUAAGUCUAUGAAAUUCCUGAUUAAAAAGAAGCUUUUAGCUGAUGGGAUCACUGAAAAUCAAUUGUGUGCUGGUGACUAUAGUAAUGGCGGCCGGGAUACCUGUCAAGGUGACUCAGGUGGCCCGAUACAGGUAAUAGAAGACAAAAUAGACUGCAUACGUACUUUUCCAUUUUACAAAAUAGUGGGGGUUACUUCUUUCGGGAGAGACUGUGGCCGAAAGAUGGCACCAGGUGUAUACACAAGGGUUGCGAGAUAUGUUGGUUGGAUUGAAAGUGUUGUGUGGCCGUAUCCACCAUAG